UUGAUUAAAUCAUCAUCAGAUCAGAUUUUCGUCUGCCUAAAUAAACAAAUUCUAUCCGGUGCCUUUGUUUUUCUAAUCAAAUCAUGGAUAUUGAAGAAGAAAACGAUAUUUUUGAUGAAUAUCAUCAAAAACAUCAACAACAACAAUCAAUGAUCAUUGGAACAUCAUCAUCUUUGUCGCCAAUGGUUGUUGAAACAUCAUCAUCAUCAUCAUCAUCAUUUAAUAAUAAUUCAAUUACAGGACUAUUAUGGAAUAGUUCGAAUAAUUUAGCACAAAUGUAUCGUAUGCGUCCAAAAUUAUGUGAUGUAUGUCUAGUAACGGACGAUGGUUGCCAUAUUUAUGCACAUCGCGCCAUAUUAUCAUCAUCGAUGCAUUAUUUUUCAACAAUGUUUAUUGGACAAGAUUUUUCAACUGAAUCCACUAAUUGUAUUAUUGAUGAUCAUGCUGAUUCAAGAAUCAAUAACAUAUCAUCAUCAUCAUCAUCGACAUCGACAACAGCAUCAGCAUCUACGUCAUAUAAUGUAAAUUUUAUUGAACAAAAUCAAUAUCAGAUAUCGAUAAAAAAUCUGGAUGGAAAUAGUUUGAAUGAAAUAAUUAAAUAUUGCUAUCUUGGCAUUGUGAAUAUCAAUGAAACAAAUGUCCAGAUGUUAUUAUCAGCAGCAACAAUGCUCAAUUGUAAAGAUAUCAUCAAGAUUUGUUGUGAAUUUUUACGUUCCAAAUUACAAACAUCAAACGCAAUUGGCAUAUAUUCAUUUGCUGAAAUUAUGGGCUGCAAAGAUUUAAAAGAUUUUACAUUCGCAUUCAUUUUACAAAAUUUUGUACAAAUAUUUCAAAAUGAUGAAUUUAUACAAUUAUCUACGGAACGUGUGGUGGAAAUUAUCUCUUCGGAUUAUCUUGAUACCGGUGAUGAAGGUGAACAUAUUGUACUUGCCGCUGUUAUUAAUUGGAUAAUGUUUGAUUAUAAUGAACGACGACAAUAUCUUUCGCAGCUAAUUGAACAUAUCCGAUUUCCAAGAUUUAAUCAAGAAGAAUUGAUCAAUAUUGAAAAUGAAUAUCCAUUGGUUAAAAAUGAACCAGCAUCAAAAGAUUUACUUAUCGAAGCAUUGAAAUAUCAUUUAAUGAAAAAUUCUUAUGACAUUAAUUCAUUACUAUUGACUUCUACUACCGUACAGCAAUGUAAUGAUUCAAUGAAUGAUGAAAUUGUCGAUAAUGAUGAUGAUGGUAAAUUGAAAAAUUACCCAUUAUUAUCAUCAUCAUCUACGUCAUCAUGGAAUAAUAAAAAUUUAUCAUCAAAUUUAUUGAAAAAUAUACCAAAAGUAUUUGAUUUGACAAAUGCACGUUUCCGGGAACGGAUAUCAAGAACACGGCAACAAUGUUUAAUUGUCAUUGGUGGCCAAGCGCCAAAAGCUAUUUGUCAAUGUGAAUAUUUUGAUUUCUCAACAAAUAAAUGGAAUGAAUUCAUUUGUGAAUUGCCAUCAAGACGUUGUCGUUCCGGUAUCGUUGUACAUCAUGGUCUUAUCUAUGCUAUCGGUGGUUUUAAUGGUCAAUGUCGUAUACGUUCCGUGGAUAUGUUUGAUCCAAAAUCCAAUAAAUGGACACAAUGUGCAAGUCUCGAGGUGAAACGUUCAACAUUAGGUGCCUGUGUUCUUAAUGGUCUUAUCUAUGCUGUCGGUGGUUUCGAUGGAACAUUAGGCCUGCAAUCAGCUGAAGUUUAUAAUCCAAUUACACGUUCAUGGCGUUUUAUUGAACCGAUGACAACACGUCGAUCAUCUGUUGCUGUUGUUACAUUAAAUGGUCUUUUAUAUGCUGUCGGUGGUUAUGAUGGUUCAAGUCGUCAAUGUCUUUCAUCGGUUGAAUGUUAUAAUCCUGAAAUAGAUCAUUGGAAAAGAAUCCCGGAUAUGUCACAACGUCGUAGUGGUGCUGGUGUUGAAGUGUUAUAUGAAAAAAUCUAUGCAAUUGGUGGACAUGAUGGCCCAGCGAUACGUAAAAGUGUUGAAUGUUAUGAUCCUACCACCAAUCAAUGGUCACAAUGUGCUGAUAUGAUAUACGCUAGACGUAAUGCAGUAGUCGUAUCAAAUGAUGGUUUGCUUUACGUUGUCGGUGGAGAAGAUGGUCAAACGAAUUUGAAAUCCGUAGAAGUUUAUGAUCCAAAAUCAAAUUCAUGGUCAUUGUUAUCAUCCGAGAUGAGUAUUGGACGUAGUUAUGCUGGAGUUGCUGUCAUCGAGAAAACGUGGCCAUAGAGAUUAUUUUAUUUUACAUGAUUAGAUUCAAUUUAGUUUGUUAUGUGUAAUUCUGAAUAUUUUUUUUUUGGCAUUUUUCACAUUUGUUUGUUAAUAAAAGAUUGAUUUAUUAAAAAAUGAAAAAUU